UUGGGCAGCCACUCUUAUAAAUAACCCUUUGUUGUCUUCCCGCAAUUAGCAGGUGCAGAAUAUAGGGAAAUUCUCAACCUCUCAUCUCUUCUUCCCUGAAUCUCUCUCUGCAUCUACUGUUCUUCUCUUUCUCUUCUAUUCUCUAUUCUUUUCUUGUCUCUCAAUCAGUCUAUCUAUUGUUCCUUCAUUUUAGAAGCAAAAAAGGAAAAAUCCCCCCAAAAAAUCGAAAAUUACAGAGACCCAUAAAGGGGGAAAAGAAUUGAAGAUGCGUUCUUUGGAGGAUGAGCUCUUUCCAUCAACUCCUGGUAAGGUGAAGAUCGAAAGAGCCCACACAAUCAAUCGCCAGUUCCAUCGAUGUUUCGCUUCAACAAGUGUUAUGUUUCUCUGGGCUCUCUUCUUAAUCGCUCUUACCGCUUCUUAUCUCAGUUUCCAAAGCUUCGUCGACUCAGGUAGUCGUUAUUUUGCUGCUUCUUGGGGUGGUAUCCAAUGGGAAAAACAGGUCAGAACCUCCGCCCAGAUCCGCCGUUCCGGUGGUAUGGCGGUGUUAGUAACCGGCGCCGCCGGUUUCGUCGGCACUCACUGCUCCCUCGCCCUUAAAAAACGCGGCGAUGGCGUUGUGGGUCUCGAUAAUUUCAACAAUUAUUACGACCCAUCUCUGAAAAAAGCUCGAAAAGGUCUUCUCAACAACCAUGGCGUCUUCAUCGUGGAAGGAGAUAUAAACGAUGCUCGUCUCCUUGCGAAGCUCUUCGACGUCGUUGCCUUCACACAUGUUCUACAUCUCGCAGCCCAAGCCGGCGUAAGGUACGCAAUGGAGAACCCUGGUUCCUAUGUUCACAGCAACAUCGCAGGUCUUGUAACACUAUUGGAAACCUGCAAAUCUGCGAACCCUCAACCGGCGGUGGUUUGGGCAUCGUCUAGUUCGGUUUAUGGGCUCAACGAGAAGGUUCCUUUUUCCGAGUCAGACCAAACGGACCAACCGGCGAGUCUCUACGCGGCAACGAAGAAAGCCGGGGAAGAGAUCACACACACAUACAACCACAUCUACGGUCUGUCCAUAACCGGUUUAAGAUUCUUCACGGUUUACGGUCCAUGGGGUCGACCGGAUAUGGCUUACUUCUCUUUCACCCGAAACAUCCUUCAAGGGAAGCCGAUCACCGUUUAUCGAGGUAAGAACCGGGUUGAUCUAGCGAGAGAUUUCACUUACAUCGAUGAUAUCGUGAAGGGAUGUUUAGGAUCGUUGGAUACAGCGGGAAAGAGUACAGGUAGUGGAGGAAAGAAACGUGGAGCUGCACCGUAUCGGAUCUUUAACCUUGGGAAUACUUCGCCGGUAACGGUACCGACACUUGUCAGUAUACUUGAGAGACAUUUGAAGAUGAAAGCAAAGAAGAAUAUUAUUGAUAUGCCAGGUAAUGGAGACGUACCGUUCACCCAUGCUAACAUAAGCCAUGCGCGUACUGAACUCGGGUAUAAACCUACCACUGAUUUACAGACUGGAUUGAAGAAGUUCGUUAGAUGGUAUCUCUCUUACUACGGUUACAAUCACGGUAAAGCUGUAAAUUGACUUUUUUACCCCUUUUCCCUUCUUUUUGGGGGAAUUCAAUUUUUUUCUUUCCUUUUAUUUAUUUUUUUUCUUUUCCUUUAAUUGUGAAAAGGAAAAAAAAUCAAAAAACAACUUAAAGAUUCUUUGCUCGGGGAGAAGGGCAUUGAAGAAAGCUUUAUCCUCCUUUUUUUUUUUUUUUUUUUUUUUUGUGGUGAGUUGGGAGUGUUUUGGGGGUUUCAGACCUCUGGGGUCCACAUGAUCAUUAUAUUUUACGAAUUACGGAAAUUUUGGAAUUUCUUUCAUUUA